GCAUGUCAACAGUGAGGAAAAUGGCAGACCAACGCCAGUGACACAACCGACGGGAAAGACCCGACUGCCUGCGGCGGAUGCAUUUGCACCGCCACGAAAUGGGUCCAUUGUUGCUAAUCCUGGAAAACCGAAGCCGGGGAGCGCCGACAUCGAGAGCGAAGGGAAGGAAAUGCCAACGCCAGUGACACAACCUACCGGAAGGACACGCCCACCAGCUCCGGAAGUACACGCACCGGGGCAUUGGACGGCCCAAAUGGGACAAGUGACAAUGUUCCCUGAGGAUGCGAGAAUGGAAGGAGAAGCUGGAAAUAAUAUGAGAGCGGAUAACGACAUCGAAAGAAAUGGCAGACCAACGCCAGUGACACAACCGACCGGAAAGACGCGACUGCCUGCUGAGGAUGCGUUGAUACCGCCACGAAAUGGGUCGAUUGUUCGUAAACCCGGAAUACCGAAGCCGGGGAACGCCGACAUCGAGAGUGAAGGGAAGGAAAUGCCAACGCCAGUGACACAACCUACCGGAAGGACACGCCCACCAGCUCCGGAAGUACACGCACCGGGGCAUUGGACGGCCCAAAUGGGACAAGUGACAAUGUUCCCUGAGGAUGCGAGGAUGGAAGGAGAAGCUGGAAAUAAUAUGAGAGCGGAUAACGACAUCGAAAGAAAUGGCAGACCAACGCCAGUGACACAACCAACCGGAAAGACGCGACUGCCUGCUGAGGAUGCGUUGAUACCGCCACGAAAUGGGUCGAUUGUUCCUAAACCCGGAAGACCGAAGCCGGGGAACGCCGACAUCGAGAGCGAAGGGAAUCAAAUGCCAACGCCAGUGACACAACCUACCGGAAGGACACGCCCACCAGCUCCGGAAGUACACGCACCGAGAGAAGACACCGACAACAAAAACAUUGGAAUGUCGAUGCCACUGAAACUGAUCUACUGGGGUGGAGUGUGA